AUGAAGAAACGAAACAGCGCGCUGCAACGAUUCAUCGCCACCCAUCAGCGUCGACCACUGGAUAAAGUGAAAACCAUGACCAAACAGUCCAUUAUCAACGCAGUGAAGAAUGAUAAAUUAUUUGGAUGUGUGGAGUGUCAUAUCCACGUACCCGAUCACUUGCGAGAAUAUUUCAAAGAGAUGUGCCCCAUCUUCAAGAAUACCGAAAUACGUCGAGAAGACAUCGAUGAGUUCAUGAAGAGCUACGCCGAAGAAAACAACAUCAUGCCCCGACCCCGGCGAAGCCUCAUUGGAAGUAUGAAAGGGGAUAAAAUCCUGCUGGCAACCCCUCUUCUAAAGUGGUAUUUGGAACAUGGUUUAGAGGUGUGUGUUAAGUAUUGUAAACCUUUUUAACAGUAAGACAAAGUUUCUAAUAGAUGGUACAUUAUUUUCUAGGUUACGCGUAUCUAUCAGGUGAUCGAAUAUACCCCUAAGCCAUGUUUCAAAUCUUUUGGUAACGCUGUAUCGGAUGCUCGUCGUGCUGGUGAUGCAGACCCCUCCAAAGCCAUCAUCGCGGACACGAUGAAAUUGGUCGGGAAUAGGUGAGUUUUAAAAUCACGCUGUUGUGACUUAUUCAAGAAAUACUCAUUUUUUUGUAUUUCUAUACAGCUCAUACGGGAAGACCGUCACCAACAAAGAGCGUCAUCGCAAGGUGGAUUACUGCAACGAUGAUGAGGUUUCUGAAUUAAUCAACUCACCAUUCUACCGCCAAAUGAACGUGAUCGACGAUGCCACCUACGAAGUGGAAAGUGCUAAGAAGAAAAUUAAGUUGGACUUACCACUACAGGUAUGUAUUGCAUGAUCAUUUUGUCAUUAGAAAAAUAAAUUAAUAAAUUAUUCUUAUUUUACAGGUGGGGUUCUUCGUCUACCAGUAUGCGAAACUCCGAAUGUUACAGUUUUACUACGACUGCUUAGAUACAUACCUUGACCGUUCCGAUUAUGAGUAUUGCGAGAUGGAUACAGACAGUGCCUAUAUUGCUAUUAGUGGUGAAAGUGUUGAAGAAUUGGUCAAGCCUGGUUUAAGAGAGGCGUUUGAGAACGAUAAAUGUAACUGGUUUCCUCGUUCCGAUACAACUGAACAUGCAAAAUACGACAGGAGAAAACCGGGAUUGUUUAAAGUAGAAUGGGAAGGGGAUGGAAUUGUGUCUUUAUGUAGUAAGACGUAUUAUUGUUUUGGGGGAAAGAUAAAUAUAGUUGCAAGGGUGUAAAUAAAAGAAAUAACGUAAUUAAUAAAGAUAAAUAUUUAGAUGUGCUUUUAAGUAAACGUAGUGGGUCGGGUGUAAAUAGGAGUUUUAGGGUUUUAAAUAA